AAGCGCUUUGUCACUGUAAGUCACCUCACAAACUGAAACAGAUCUGCACCCCCCCCCACCCCACCCCUAAGGGAAAAAAACACCCAUUUUCCACAGUAAGUCUAUUUUGGUCUAUUUAUGGUCCGUGAACAAAUGAUUGUGUAGCUGUCACAAAACAUACAGGGGACGCAGAGAUGGGCGUGACAUGUCGGGGAGACAGGACAAGAGAAAGGAGGGAUAAAGUGGAGGUGAUGGUGCAACCAAAUCUUGAAUGGUGGAGGGUAUGUGAGGUAGAAAGCAGAGCAGAGUCUGGAGUGUCAGGGAGGAGGAUGAGGGCAAGGUUAGAACUCAAAGAUCUGGGUGAAAAGUUGGACGGAUAUUCCUCUGGGCAAAACUAAAAACAUUUACCAAGGAUGUACAGUAGAUACAGGCAACAUUCCUGCAGAGAUAAAACCCUGGGCCCCUUACCCCACCCUCCCCCCGUCUCUCCACCCACCAAGCCGGCCGGGUCCAGCUUACUGAAGUGUGCGCGCCUGUGUGGGUGUGUGUGCUUGUGUUUACGUCGGACGGGGAUCGGCGUGCCCUGCAUGGUGGCACUUGCGAGGGGCAAUUUGAAAGACAUCUUUCAAUUUGGGAGAAACAGAACAUAAGAAAGGCAGUGGAGGGCCAACAGGCAUGCCGGUCAAGACCAUCACGUUCCGAGUGAGCUGACGCUGGAAACAGUUUUCUCCGAGCGGCCCGUUCUGGCAACUUGGACAAGGCUCUGGAACACAUUAAGAAUGGCAUUGAUAUAAAUACAGCCAAUCAGAAUGGGCUCAAUGGGCUUCACCUGGCCUCAAAAGAAGGCCAUGUCAAAAUGGUGCUGGAAUUACUUCACAAUGGAAUUGUACUGGAGACUACUACAAAGAAAGGAAACACGGCCCUGCACAUUGCAGCUCUGGCAGGGCAGGAGCAGGUCGUCACGGAGCUGGUUAAUUACGGGGCCAACGUCAAUGCUCAGUCCCAGAAGGGUUUCACUCCACUCUACAUGGCUGCACAAGAAAACCAUCUAGAGGUUGUGAAGUUUCUUCUGGAGAACGGGGCUAAUCAGAGCCUUCCAACUGAGGAUGGAUUCACUCCUCUGGCUGUGGCUCUCCAGCAGGGCCAUGAAAAUAUUGUAGCCCUGCUCAUCAACUACGGCACCAAGGGGAAGGUCCGCCUCCCGGCGCUGCACAUUGCGGCACGCAAUGACGAUACACGCACAGCUGCGGUGCUUCUGCAGAAUGACCCAAACCCCGAUGUGCUCAGCAAGACUGGAUUCACACCCCUCCACAUCGCCGCACACUAUGAAAACUUGAACGUUGCUCAACUUCUUCUCAACAGAGGAGCGAAUGUCAAUUUCACCCCAAAGAAUGGGAUUACGCCUCUGCACAUCGCAUCCAGACGAGGGAACGUGAUCAUGGUCCGACUCCUCCUGGAUAGAGGGGCACAAAUAGAUGCCAAGACCAAGGAUGAGCUCACUCCUCUGCACUGUGCAGCCAGAAAUGGUCACGUCAGAAUAAUAGAAAUUCUUCUUGACAACGGAGCCCCCAUCCAGGCCAAGACCAAGAAUGGCCUGUCUCCAAUCCACAUGUCAGCACAAGGGGACCACGUAGACUGUGUCAAGCAGCUUCUACAGUACAACGCAGACAUUGAUGACAUCACGCUGGACCACCUGACACCUCUACAUGUGGCCGCACACUGUGGACACCACCGAAUGGCAAAAGUUCUGCUUGACAAGGGCGCCAAACCCAACUCUCGGGCACUGAAUGGCUUUACUCCUUUGCAUAUUGCUUGUAAAAAGAACCACAUGCGUGUGAUAGAUCUUCUGCUCAAACACGCAGCAUCGCUAGAGGCCGUGACUGAGUCUGGCUUGACACCCUUGCAUGUGGCGUCUUUCAUGGGCCACCUCAACAUUGUGAAGAUCCUGUUGCAGAAAGGAGCUUCACCCAGCGCUUCUAAUGUGAAAGUUGAAACUCCCCUCCAUAUGGCUUCCCGGGCAGGACACUUUGAGGUGGCAGAGUUUUUGCUACAGAAUGCAGCAUCAGUGGAUGCCAAAGCCAAGGAUGACCAAACGCCUCUGCAUUGUGCGUCUCGAAUGGGCCACAAGGAGAUUGUGAAACUGCUGUUAGAGCACAAAGCCAAACCAAAUUCCACAACCACAGCAGGACACACGCCUCUCCACAUCGCUUCCCGGGAGGGCCACGCGCAAACUGUGCGUAUCCUGCUAGACAUGGACGCACAGCAAACUAAGAUGACAAAGAAAGGCUUUACUCCGCUUCAUGUGGCUUCCAAGUACGGCAAGGUGGAUGUGGCCGAGCUGUUGCUGGAGCGAGGAGCUAACCCUAAUGCUGCUGGGAAGAAUGGUCUGACUCCACUGCAUGUCGCUGUACAUCACAACAACCUGGAUGUUGUCAAUCUGCUCGUCAGCAAAGGGGGUUCCCCACACAGUGCAGCCAGGAACGGCUACACCGCCUUGCACAUUGCGGCCAAGCAGAAUCAGAUGGAGGUGGCUAACAGCCUGUUGCAGUAUGGAGCUUCAGCCAAUGCUGAGUCUCUACAGGGAGUCACGCCUCUCCACCUGGCCUCGCAGGAAGGAAGGCCCGACAUGGUCUCCCUGCUCAUCUCCAAACAGGCGAAUGUCAACCUUGGCAACAAGAGCGGAUUGACACCCCUCCAUCUUGUGGCACAGGAGGGACACGUUGGCAUUGCUGACAUCCUAAUGAAGCAAGGCGCAUCGGUCUAUGCUGCUACAAGGAUGGGCUACACACCUCUCCAUGUCGCGUGUCACUAUGGCAACAUCAAAAUGGUGAAGUUCCUGCUGCAGCAACAGGCCAACGUCAACAGCAAAACACGGCUCGGUUACACUCCCCUGCACCAGGCCGCCCAGCAAGGACACACAGACAUUGUAACACUGCUGCUGAAGCAUGGAGCGCAGCCGAACGAGACCACCACGAAUGGGACGUCGGCGCUCUCCAUUGCCAAGAGGCUGGGCUACAUCUCUGUGAUUGAUGUGCUAAAGCUUGUGACUGAGGAAACUGUUUCCAUGACUACCACAGAAAAACACCGUAUGAGUUUUCCAGAAACAGUGGAUGAGAUACUGGAUGUGUCCGAAGAUGAAGGACUUGCACAGCUAACUUUAGGAGAGGAGCUCCUGGGGACAGAAGGGGCCAGGUACAUGAAGAUGGAUGACAUGAAAGACCAUGAUGACGAUUUCCUCUCCCCCAAGAAAUCACUGGAGUACGAGAGAGGGCUGGGCACAGCAAAUUACUCUCCAGCCAUUCCCAGGAUUCCACGUGUUUCACCCGAGACUGUGAUCCUGAAAGAACACGAGCUCGAUCAGCACACUCCACUCCCACUGCCAAAAGAGUACGAUGAAGACUCUCUGAUUCCCAGCAGCCCGGCAACUGAAACAUCAGACAACGUCAGCCCAGUCGCCAGUCCCAUUCACACAGGGUUUCUGGUCAGUUUCAUGGUGGAUGCCCGUGGCGGCUCAAUGCGAGGCAGUAGGCACAAUGGUUUGCGGGUUAUCAUCCCCCCAAGAACAUGUGCGGCUCCCACCCGCAUCACCUGCCGCCUGGUAAAGCCGCAGAAGCUUACCAGCCCACCUCCGCUUGUGGAGGGAGAGGGCCUGGCCAGCAGAAUAAUCUCCCUCGGCCCAGCUGGCAUGCAGUUUCUUGGACCAGUGAUUGUGGAGAUCCCUCACUUUGCUGCUCUGAGUCGUGGCGACCGCGAGCUUGUGGUGCUGAGGAGUGAGAAUGGAUCUGUGUGGAAAGAACAUCGCAAUCGCUAUGGUGAUGAGGUUCUUGAAACAAUCCUCAAUGGGAUGGACGAGGACUUGGAAAGUCAGGAGGAACUCGUGAAGAAGAGAAUUCGCCGCAUCAUCUCAACUGACUUCCCGCUUUAUUUUGCCGUCGUGUCACGGGUCCAGCAGGAGAGCGACCUGAUCGGGCCCGAGGGAGGUUCGUUGAUGAGCAAACUGGUGCCGCUGGUCCAGGCGACGUUUCCCGAGACGGCGGUCACCAAGCGAGUCCGUCUGGGACUGCAGGCUCAGCCCGUUCCAGAUGAGUUGGUAGCUAAGCUGCUUGGUAACCAAGCCAACUUUAGCCCCGUGGUGACGGUGGAGCCUCGGCGCCGAAAGUUCCACCGACCCAUCGGCCUCCGCAUCCCUCUGCCUCCAUCCUGGCGGGAAAGCCCACGAGACUCUGGGGAGGGUGAUACCACCAGUCUGCGUCUGCUUUGCUCUGUCAUAGGUGGAACAGCUGUCGCUCAAUGGGAGGACAUCACUGGCACAACUAAGCUUGUCUAUGCAAAAGAAUGUGCCAGUUUUACAACCAAUGUAUCUGCACGGUUCUGGCUGGCGGACUGUCCUCGUACAGCAGAGUCUGUCUCCUUUGCCAACCUUCUCUACAAAGAGCUGUCAGCUGUACCUUACAUGGCAAAGUUUGUAGUUUUCGCCAAGAUGAACGAGUUACGCGAAGGCCGCCUGCGUUGUUACUGCAUGACGGACGACAAGAUGGAUAAAACCCUGGAACAGCAUGAGAACUUCACAGAAGUGGCCCGCAGCAGAGACAUCGAGGUAAUGGAGGGAAUGCCGCUUCACCUGGAAUGUUCCGGGAAUCUCAUCCCAGUACGGAAGGCCGCCCAGCAGCCUCGCUGCUUCAGCUUCCAGGCCUUUAGAGAUAACAGACUUCCUGUUUCUGUGAAGGUGAGGGAUAGUAGCAAAGAGCACACGGGCUUCCUGUCGUUCCUUCGCAAGACCACCAAGUAUGAAGAUAGUCAACAUGUGUUGUGUAACCUCAACAUUACCAUGCCUCCAUGUAUCAAGGUUAUUGGAAGUGAUGACCGCAGGCGAACUUUGACCCCGCUGGCUCUAAGAGAACGAUACAGUGCGCUGAACGAACCUGCCAUGGCAUCGAUGAGCGCCAUGGAGAGGACUGAGCUUAAGAUGGCUGUGAUUGCAGAACAGUUGGGACUGAGCUGGGCUGAGUUGGCCCGUGAGCUUCAGCUCAGUGUGGAUGACAUCAAUAAGAUCCGUGUGGAGAAUCCCAACUCCCUCCUGGAGCAAAGUUCUGCACUACUCAACCUGUGGGCAACUCGCGAGGGCAAGCGAGCCAAAAUGGAGACCUUGUACACAGCCCUGAACACCAUCGACCGCAUGGACAUCGUCACCAUGUUAGAGGGCCAACCAGCACAGCCCGCCAGACAAGGCUCUCGUGAACUCGGCAGACGACAUAACGAAAGAGAACACCUCUCCCCUGCGAUGACCAAUGGUUAUGGGCUGGCGCAGGAUGAGCUUCUGUCCCCGGCCUCCAUGCAGUACAACCUGCCCUCGCCUCUGGGCGCUGAGCCUUACUGGCAGGAGGUCUCCAGCCUGGACUGCGCGCCCAUUGCCACCACAGAGGAAGACACCCUCAUGGAGAUGUCCGACGUGCAGGUGUGGCCCUCGGGCAACUCCCCAUCUCUGGUGCCUGUGGAGGAUUCCUCGCUGGAGUGCAGUAAUGCCGACGACUCAGAGGGCCUGCUCGGGUUGCCCUAUGGAAGUCUGGGUCGGCCGGCCAGUCGGGCUAGCGCCGCCAGCGGAGGGGGCGUCGUGCUGAGCGGCUCAAUCGAAAUGCCCGAGGACGAUUCGGAGAUGGGCGUUGACUCGCUUAGCACCGCCACGCCGGCCUCACUCGGCGGCACCAUCGCUGGUAUCAAUCUUAACGGACUGAACAAUGGUCAGGGGUCAGAGGCGAGUUCGGAGUUAUCGGCCGUCGCUAGCACGACUGGUGGCAAUGAAGGAGGAGGAAGAGAAGGAGGAGGAGGAGGAGGAGGAGGAGGGUGUCAGGGCUCAGAGGAAGGGCUUUCUCUUGUUUCAGGACAGCAAAGGGUGUAUGCCCGACUCAGUGAGUCACCCGGUCUCACCUGUGUUGCAGAUCGGAAUGGUGACAGGUCAUCUAAUGGUGGAAGUGGAAAUGGAGGCAGCUCAUUCAUUUCCUACCUCCAAGAACAAACAGCUCCAGGGUGGACCCCAGUCACAAACGCACAGGCCUGGGUGGCCAACCAGACAAAAUCUAGACCGGUCAUUGACACUAUGAUAUCGUCAUGCUGCAACUCCAUGGACGGAGACCAGUCUCAUUUGUCCCAAGAGGCUUUGCUGCAGCCCGUGAGGGACAUGGGCCACUCGGAAAUUCUACGAGGGCACUUCCGGGGAACCCAGCCGUUUGAGAAGGGUUUAGGCUUCCCGCAGAGGGCCCCAGAGAUGAGAGCCUGGGAUGACGUGCGCUUCAAAGGACAGGGGGAUGAGGCUGAAGAUCUUCCGGGGGAACAGGUCAGCGAGGAGCAGUUUACGGACGAGCAUGGAAAUAUCAUCACUAAAAAGAUUGUACGAAAGGUUGUGCGCAGAGGCAAGGGCGAGGACGGCGUUCAGGACGUGAGCGUGGACGGUUCUCUGCAGGACGCCAACGAGCUGGAGGUGGACGCCGAGCAGUUCAUGAGCUACGCCAUCCUGGGCCGGGAAAGCAGCAAGCCCGAUACUGUGGAUACUAUGAAGAAAGGUGCUCAGAUAGUGAAAUGUGCCAGCCUGCGAAGAGUUAAGCAGUGAGGCAGGCUGAGUGCUGCUUUCCCGCAGAGUUCUCUGCAGGAGUCGAGCCCGUCCCCCAAAACCUCCUACAUGGACACAUGACCAGCAACAGCUGACACAAACUGAAGAACACUCACAAACAAGCAAACAAACAAAAAAGGCAGACAAAGGAAAUGAAUGGCACCAAGUCACUGCUGUCGCACAUACCGGAAGGAUAAUUGUAGUUUUUACCAACCUCUUUAUUUUUUUUUUAUUUAAAAACAAAAACAAAAAAAAACAACAUGAGGACAAACUACUAAAGUAGAAGCAUGAUUUCCUAUAAAACAAAACAGACAAAAAAGUAGCACCCAAAACAUGCUUCCUGUUGUCUGUCAGCAUGAGUGACUGUCACCGCAUGGCCUGUCUUUAGCUACAAAUUCCGAAAGUGGGGGGGUGGGCAUGGGUCAAGUCAGCUGGGUGCAAUGCAGGCUACGUGUGAUCCAAUCAGAAAACAUCAUCCAAUCAGGAAACAGUAUUCUAACUUUCCAAAAAACGGGAGCAACAACAGUUACAGUAGAGCUCUGUGUAGUGGCGACCUAUGACCUCUCCUUGAGCAAAAAGCAACACUACAAAAAAAAUCAGUGCUACAACCAUCACCUAAGGAUAAGUGUCUUGUACAUAGUGGUAUGCACUAAAUUGUAGUGUAUUGUUUAUCAUCCCACUGAUGCUGCUACGGUACUCUUCCCUCCCAUUCAAUCUGAACCUAUACUGUACAAUUAUAUAUAUAUAUAUCUAUAUCUUUGUGAGGACAGCAACAUACAAAUGUGACCUACCUUUUCCCAUGCCCUCCAUGUGUUUUUUUUGCCCCUCUGAUUUGACACAAAGAGAGUAUGACAUGUCAUUUACUGUUACAGUACAGAUGUGAAGGAGGCCGUGUGUGACCUUCCCGCAAUAAGACAUUGGAAGUGGCAGAUAACCUGGAGAAGUUAUGUCGCAAUUUUCUUAUACUCGUGAGGUUUAUGUUUAUCAAUGUGAGCCAAAGUACAACUUUUGCUUCCCGUUAUGACCUGAAACAAUGUAGCAGUACUGUCCACCUCCAGAACCCCUGAUGGCAUCCAAAGUCGUCCCUAUCCUUGAGGCUAUUAGGAUGUCACUCGUUUUGGUUGAAGGCAGUCAAUAUGUUGAGCUUCCGUGUUUGUCCGCUUGGCCACGUGUAGCAGAGCCGGCCAGCAAUCACUGUGAAGAGAGACUGAGCCACAACUGUGAGCCCACCCUCGCUCAAGCGUGUUUAGUUGUCAUUAUGUCUUGUGCUGAGGAAGCAAUAAUUGCGCUAAUAAAAAGACACGGAGAGAGGAUUCCGGGGGUCACAGUCGGGCAUUCAGUCUGUUAGUCGCAGCUUUACUCCAUUCAGAAAUGAUGUCAGUACAUUUGAAUUGCACAUGUUUGCCUCUUUGAAACUAUUUUUGAAGUCGUUCAAAGAGGCCGUUGAUUUGACAUUAGGGGAAAAUGUCCUCAUGCUGAUCAUUUGUCAGCAAAGUAGUUCACUAUUUGUUUUGUCACCACCAUUACAGUCAAUUCCCAAGUCGAAAGAUUGAUUUACCUUGGGAAAAUGUGCCAUCUCAUCUCAUUUGACUACCUGCAAGCCUUUUCUUCAUGGGGUUGUGUUGACAACCACUGAUUAGUCUCACAAAAAGUUGCAAUAAACAUGGAUCUAUUAUGUGUUUGUUUUUUAGCAGCCACAGAUGAAUGUAAAGUCUUGGUAAUACUGUACUUGUUAUGUGUUAAUGUAUUGACUCUAUUCUAUAGUAGAUGAAAAAUAUACUGUACACACUGUACUUGCUGUUGAUCAUCAAUCACCCUCAUGGAAGCAUAUGUUCCAUUAAUUUGACUCGAACCACAAACAUUGUUGACACUAAGCAUCCCUUUUCUGUUUGAUGCAUUUCCAUACACCAAUGAGGUAAAGAGAAAAAGUGUAACGCUACACUUCCCCUUAUGUUUUGCUCAUAAGGGCUUUGUUUUUAAAGCAGGGGCUGCUAUUGAUGUCAGGGUUGGGUUGGGGUUGGGGAUCUAUUAUGAAGACAAUAGAUGCUGCAAAAAAAAUUCCCAGUGGCUCCAAUGGUUAGAUGAUGACGAGUAUUUUCCCUCAACACAGCCCACCCCCAAUCCCCCCCACGCCUUACCCUAUACUGUACAGUAUUUUCCUCAUGGUGACACGUGGAGGAGUCUUGCUAUUAUGUGCACGCAGAGAGACGCUUUAUUCUGAUGAAGAGAUAACAGAAGUGACACCAUGCACCAAUUCACGCAAAAAUAUUUCCAUUGCAAAAAUUAGGGAGGACAUGUACUGUAUAUUCCUUUUAGAAUGGAUGGAUAUUAACGCAAUAGCAUAUUACUCAAUACUAAGGAAUGCAAAUGCACACAUGCACAGAAAAUGUUUUUAACAUAAAAGGCUAUACAUAUAUGUAUAUGAAUAUAUAUGAGAAUAUAUAUAUUUACUUAGAAUGCUAUGCACCCCUACGUUUCAACUGGGAUUCUAGUUAUGUUAUGGAUGUACUUUUAGCAUCAAACCUUCAGAUGUAGCUACAAAGAGACUGUUGACUUCUGGGUAAUGCCUGCACCUGAGGAUGAAUAAGGGUCUCGCGGGUAUUUGAACUUGUUUUGUUUGCAUUUUUUUAUUAUUGUUAUGGGGAAGCGAACAUGAAUUUUAAGUCGACAUGUACAAAAAAAAAACUUUCAAUCAAAUCAAAUCCAAGAACAUCUGUUGACAACCUACUCUGUACACCAGCUCAACAUUUACAAAAUUAAUAAAGAAAUGCAAUGUG